GUGAAUGCAUUAUUGAAGAAAGACCACGAACGACCUGAGGUAUUUCGAUAAAUCUCUUCGACAUCACACUCGCCGCAAUGGCUCAAGCUAUUAGAGAUUUCUUGAAGAAUCAUUUGCCUUCGCCUUUGUUUGGCGGAAGAAAUAGAGAACGCCACGAGAGCAGGGAGUAUCUUCACGUUGAAAAUCAAGGAGAAAGCGAUGAGGAUGAAAUAGUUUACCCGAGCGAGGAAAUGACCAAAGCUAACGAAAAGGAGUCUUCAAAAAAUACUUCGGCUCUACAAGCAGCCUGGAAUGUAUUAAACUUAAUACAAGGAACGGGAACCCUUGGCGUCCCAUUUGCUGUUAUGCAGGGGGGGUACAUGUCUCUGGUGGCCAUUGUUAUCAUCUCAGUAAUCACUAACUACACAGGGAAACUUAUCAUAGAGUGUUUGUACGAAAAGCCGUUCAAUGGUCAAGGUGCACGAGGAGUUCGAACGAGGAACAGUUACGCUUUGAUAGGUCAAGCAUGUUGGAAAAAGUAUGGUAGUGCUGUAGUAUGCGGCGCUCAGGUGAUGCAACUCGCUUGCGCAUGCGUCCUUUACCUGCUUCUCGUCGCCGACUUUUUCAACGACUUGUUUGAGCACCAUGCCCUCUCGUAUUCCUUGUGGACCGUCAUUGCGGGUGUUCUUCUGCUCCCGUCAGUCUUCCUGAAUCAUCUUAAACACGUCUCUUGGCUCAGCAUGUUCAGUGUUGUCGCUCUUGUUAUGGUGUUUUCCUCAGUCAUCGGGUAUGGCGUGACACAGCGUUAUGAAUGGGAUUUCAACCUCGGCGUGACAACGCUAGAGGGAUUUCCCGUAGCAUGGGGAAUUAUCCUGUUCAGCUUCGUGUGUCAUCCUUAUCUGCCAGGCAUCGAAGAAACCAUGGAAAAACCAGAAGAGUUUAAUAGUAUAAUGAACUACUCUUUCUUUGCUUCGGCUGUGACCAAACUAAUUUACGGUUUCAUAGCAGUUUUAACCUUCAAAGGACAAACCCAGCAAGAAAUCUCUGAAAAUCUCCCACCAGGGGCUCUCCAGAAUACAGCCAACGCCCUCCUGGGGUUCAACGGUCUGUUCUCGUAUGCCCUACCCCUGUUAACCCUCAUUACAAUUAUACACAAAGCGCAGAUUUCGUGUAUCCCUCCAUGCUUUCCCGACGAGAAGCAUCCAUUGUCCAUCAAGGAACGCGUUAUGAUUUACUCGCUGCGAUCUGUCUUUGUGGUAUUUACUGUAAUGGUUGCUGUGCUCCUUCCACAGUUCUCCUUGCUAAUGGCGGUAAUUGGUAGCAUAUCAGGUGUCCUACUUACUUUGGUUUUCCCCUGUCUUUUCGACAUUAUGCUUCACCUCGAGCAGAUCAGUACCAGUCGUUACGUCAUCGACUUACUCAUCGUCUGUGUGGGGGUACUGUCGGGCGGUUUUGGUUUGGUGUUUUCACUUAUUGCGAUAACAAAAUUAUACGUUUAAUAACUUUUCCAAUAAUGAUAUGUAUUACACUAAUGGGAACACGGGGAUACUACGGUUGCAGUAUAGCCUUUGCAGUAAGGAUGUCUUGCAGUACAGGCGUCUUAUGGAGAAAAGCGGGUAAGCGCUGCAAGCUCACUUUAAGAGAACGAGCCGCCAUGUUUUUUCAAGAUGGCGGCCAAACGUUUUACGAAUGAAUCCCGAGCGGUCGCUCGAAAAAAUAUGCCUGCACUGCAAGUUAUGCUCUGGGAGAAGUUAUGGUUUAGGCUCCAGUCAGUGGAAACAUCAGGAAAGCAUGCACCAGAAAUUUAACUAUUCAUCACCGUAACUUAGCGUCCAUACGGAACUUGUAUUAGAGUUGCAGAUAGACGAAUGUUUGCUUAGAGUUAGGAGAGCAGUGCAAGCACACGAACUUCUGUCAAGACAGCUCUGCUAUGUUUCACUUCAACUGACAGAGAGCAUUUAGUUUGAAAGAACUGAGAGACUUUGUUCGAAUAGUUGAUCAAAUGAAUUAAAACAACUUCAUCAA